AUGACUGCACUCGACGACUGGAUGGCUGGUUCCCCUAUUAGUGCACCUGUUCCUACUGCUGCAUAUCCAGUAGUUACUUUGCUCACUGUCUCUGCUGGUCUCUUAGCAGCUGGUACUUUUAUCAUCCAAGGAAACAAGACGCCUCUCAUUCAACAACUUCAAACUGCCAUCGUGGCAUCCAUCCUUUUAGGAUUCGGUGCCAUCUUUGCCUCCAACGCAGCUGGUGUGUAUCUCUAA